AUGCUCUGAAUAAUAAUAAAAGCCAUUUUAGCUAUUGCUUUGCUCUGUUUCUCACUUCCCUUCACCACUGACAAAAGCAAAGACCUGAGAAGAGAAAGGACUCUCUUACUCACUCACUUGGGAAUUGAGCAUAGAAAGAAAGAAACCCAAGAACCUACAAUACAAGACCAAACCCUCCCAAUGCUAAAACACAAACAAGAGACAAAACCCACUGACCUUUUUCUUUUCUUUCUCAGAGCUCAAAACUUUAGGUCCUCUAGCUGUUUGACAACACUUGGUGAACUUUAACACAGUACCCCAUAUCAAUUGGUCUAGGUUUAUUACUACUAGCAAAGCAGAGGUACAGCCGCCUGAGCUCUGUGUCUAGAUCUUUCUGUGCAGGUGUUGUGGGUCACUGGAUUUGAAAGGACAGCACUUUCACCAACUAGUAAACGAAGAUGCAGACUCCAAAAGCAAAAAGUGGCUCUUUGGAAGUGCCUCAAAGAAAAUCUCCAGCAACACCUAAAACUGCCAAGACAUCUGGAUCAAAUCCUGCUUCAGUAUCCUCUCCAAAUAUGGCAACUAGGACCCCAAAAGGAAGUCCAAAAGUCACUGAACGCAGGUCGCCACGAAGUCCAGUAGCUGAGAGGAAGCUGCCAAAAAGAGUGUCAGAAUUGGAAUCACAACUUUCUCAAUUGCAAGAGGAUCUGAAGAGGGCAAAGGACCAGUUAAACUCAUCUGAGUCAGCGAAGAGACGAUGCCAGAAGGAGGCUGAAGAAGCCAAGAACCAGCUAUUAGCAAUGUCUGCAAAGCUUGAAGAGUCUGAACAGCAACUGCAGGAAAUUUCUUCUUCUGAAGAUGCUCGUAUUCAAGAGCUCCGUCAACUUUCUCAGGAUCGAGAUAGAGCAUGGGAAUCUGAACUUCAGGCUGUUCAACAGCAGCGUUCGAUGGAUUCUACUGCCUUGGCUUCUGCCAUUAAUGAAAUUCAGAAGCUAAAAGGUCAGGUGGAAAUGGUGGCGGACUCUGAAGCCACCCAGAGGAGGCAUGCAGAGUCAGCAGACGCUGAGAUCCAGACCUUGAGAAUGGAACUUUCUGAAACUCUCUCCCUGGUUGAGAAAUUGAAAACUGAGCUAAGUGAUUGCAAAGAAUCUGAAGCCAGGGCCGUAGAACUUAUAGACAGUACUCGUAUGCAAUUGGAGAGGGCAAAUGCAACCAUAGAAUCGCUCCAACUGGAUAGGACCAAAGGGUCAGAGUACUGCAACUCUUUAUCAUUGGAGUUGGAGCAGUCUAAAGAUCGCAUUAAAUCACUGGAGAGUCUUGUGAGCAAACUUCAGGCAGAAGUUGCUAUUAGUAACAGCAAUCAAUUGGUAAACUCUUCGGGCAAUUCAAAACUUUCUCAGGGAGAUGACCAAAAUGAAGAAACAGUACAGUUAAAAGAAGAGCUGAAUUGUUUGAAAACUGAAGUGAGUCAAUUGAGGUCUGCAUUAGAUGCGGCUGAGAUGAGGUACCAAGAAGAAUAUAUUCAGAGCACACUGCAGAUUAGAAGUGCAUAUGAUGAAGUUGAAUCUACAAAAUCUGAAUCAUGUCAGAGGGAAGCUGAAUUGGCAUCAGAACUGAAGCAAGCAAGGGCUCAUGUUGAAGACUUGAGCACUCAGCUGAUGGAUAAAGAAAAUCAAUUGCAGAGUAUAUCGGAGGAAAAUGACAGGUUGAGCUUGCAAAUUGAGAAAAAUCUAUCAAGUGAAGGGGAAUCUGAACUGGCAAUGGAGCUGAAGAAGUCGGAAACUGCAGUGGUAGAGUUGAAGGCCAGUUUGAUGGAUAAGGAGACAGAAUUGCAGAACAUCGCUGAGGAAAAUGAAAUGCUGAAGAUUGAACUUAAAAACAAGGAAAUGGAGAGGAACAAUGUCAAUGACGACGCUGUUGUUUCAGCUGAAGCAACAGGGGAGGCAGAGCGAAAGGCUGUAAUAAAGGUUGGCCAUUUAACUGAAGAAGCUGAUAAAAGUACACAGAGAGCAGCACGAGCGACUGAGCAGCUGGAUGCAGCACAGGCUGCAAAUUCUGAAUUGGAGGCUGAGUUAAGGAGGUUAAAGGUGCAGUCAGAUCAGUGGAGGAAGGCCGCUGAGGCGGCUGCUGCUAUUCUUUCAACAGGAAACAACGGGAAGUUUGUGGAGAGAACAGGUUCCCUUGAAAGCCACUACAAUCCCUUGAGUUCACCUUAUUCAGAAGACUUGGACGAUGACUCGCCAAAGAAGAAAAAUGUGACCAUGUUGAAGAAGAUUGGUGUUCUAUGGAAGAAGGGCCAAAAGUAGAUGUAACUAUGUGACAGGUUUCGUAUCAUUAUCAGUUAUUGCUACGUUGGGUUCUGUAUGUCGUGUUAUUCUGUGGUUUUCCCUUAAUUGUAUUCUUGACGGGUAUUUUGGAAGGUGUUAGCACCUGAGUUUCAGAUGAAGUUCAAGAUAGUUCUUUGCAGGUUGUAUAGGUAUGUGGAACUAGUGAACUGUGAAUGUACCCUUUUCCCUUAUGUAUGCUGUGGCUAUGAAUGAACUUGAUAAAUGUUGUAUCUUAUUUCUGAGUCUUGAACUUCAUGUUAGUAAA